AUGUCUGCUGCCAACGACGAAGCCUUUAAUAUCGACCAGGUGAGGGCCAACUUCCCCGCAUUGGCCGGAGAGCAAGUGUUCUUUGACAAUGCUGGCGGCAGCCAGGCUCUGGGGGCGGUGGCCGAACGCAUCCGAGACUACCUCUUGAACACCAACGUCCAGCUCGGGGCCAGCUAUGCCACGGGCAAGGCGUCCACCGACCGCUACAACGCGGGCUAUGCCGCGGCGGCGGCGUACAUUGGUGCCCCGAAGGACGAGAUAGUGCUCGGCCCGUCCACCACACAGCUGUUUCGAAACGUCUCAUACGCCCUGUCGUCCUUCCAGCCCGGCGACGAGGUCGUAAUCUCAGUGCUCGACCAUGAGGCCAACAUCGCCCCCUGGCUCGAUCUGGCCGAGCGGCAGCAGCUGGUCGUGAAGUGGUGGCAUCCCUCGCAAUCGUCUAGCAAAUCGAACCCGAAACUCGCCGCCGAAGACCUCGGCCGGCUCCUCAGCCCCAAGACCCGGCUUGUGACCUGCACCCACGCGAGCAACAUCCUCGGCACCAUCCACGACGUCGCGGGAUUUGUCCAGAUGGUGCGCGCCAGCGCCAGCCCGGACGCCCUCGUGGCCGUCGACGCCGUCGCCUAUGCCCCCCACCGCAAGAUCGACGUCAAGGCGCUGGGCGUCGACUUCUAUUCCUUCUCGUGGUACAAGGUCUACGGCCCACACAUCUCACUACUCUACGCCAGCGCGCGCGCGCAGGCCCGCCUACGCUCCCUCGGGCACUACUUCAACGCGCACGCGACGCUCGAGAAUAAGCUCGGACUCGCCGGGUCCAACUACGAGCUGGUGCACGGGAUCCCCGCCGUGGUGGACUACUUGCCCGACAGCAAAUGGCCCGGCAUAACCGCGCAAGAAAGCAAACUACAAACGGCGCUGCUGGCAUACCUAAACACACAACCCGACGUGACCGUGUGGGGCGAGCCCGCCGGCGCGGACCCGGGCGCGCGCGUGCCGACGGUGAGCUUCACUGUCGCCGGGCGCAGCUCGCGCGCGCUCGUCGAGGCCGUCGAGCGUGACUCGGCGUUCGGCUUCCGCUGGGGCAGCUUCUACUCGGUCCGCCUCGUCGAGCAGGUGCUCGGCCUCGACGCGGGCGACGGUGUUGUGCGUGUGAGUAUGGUUCAUUACAAUACUGUGGAAGAAGUCCAGGCGCUGGUUGCGGCCAUCGACAAGGUCUUAUCUAGGGGCCAGCAGCUGUAG